AUGUAUACGAUCCACGAGUCCAGUGAUCGGCAAUACUAUACCAUUGACUGCUUGUCUGAUCUCAAGCCCUCUAAACCCUUAUACGAGGCACCGGACGGCCAGUUGUUUACCGUUCAGUGCUUUUAUAGCCAACGCUAUGGCAUUGAGUUGACUGAACCGGACAUACCCUGUAUUCGUAUUCAGACAGAGGACAGGGAUGUCUUCAAACAGAAGUUACUGCCCGUUGAGACCAAAGCGGAUGACACAGAAAACCAGUUAAACCUAAUCAUAGGGGACUUGGAGUCCAGGGACCGGACAGACAUCGAGAGAUUUUGCUCUAUCAUAGAGGGGACAGUUGUGUCAGACCUACUGUCCCAAAAGCGAUACAAGUGGUCGGAGAGCCUGUGGUUUGUUAGACUCCAAGACAUGCUAUCCAUACCUAAGGCACUGUCCGAACCCAUACUAACCAUCCGAAAGGCUCGACACCCGGAGUCGGGCUCAGACGUGUACCCCAUGAGCGCCCGGUGCCGGGGAUACUGUGUUAUCAUUGAUAACCAGCUCUUCCAUUCGGGAAGUCUACGGCAAAUAUUUAGGAAGGGCUCCCGGGCUGACGCCUAUAGGCUGUCCCACGUGUUCCGGGAACUCCACUUCCGGGUCAGACAUUUGAUGAACAAAACGGCCGAAGAAAUGGUGGACUUAUUGGAGGCGCUGAGCGAUGAUAAUGAGCUGUACUCUCACAACGCACUGGUAGUCAUCAUCCUAUCCCAUGGCAACGAGAGUGGAGUGGAGGGCACCGAUAGGAUAGCCGUUCCCAUUGAGGCCGUACUCGAGAUGUUUAAUAACGAGAAUUGUCCGAAACUCGUGGAUAAGCCAAAAGUGUUUUUUAUCAACGCCUGUAGGGGCGCCACGAUUGAUCCAGGUCUAAGAUCAUUGGGAGCAACGGCAAGUGAACCAGCAGUGGCUGAUGUACCCAGGUCAAUACCCACAUGGAGUGACAUGUUUGUCUACUUUUCCACGGUUGAAGGUUAUGUAUCGCCACGGAAUCCGUUGAUGGGCUCGUGGUUUGGCUACGAGUUGGCCCACUGUUUGGCGCAAUACUCGGCCAUUGAACACCUCAACGACUUGAUGACCACAAUAGUGGCGCAAAAGUUACACAAUAGGGAAAGCAAGGUGGACAGCCAGGUGGUGAAACAGGCACUCGAAACCCUUAAUAAAGGGCGGCUUAAAAAGCUUUACUUUAAUCCUGUGAUAAAUAAUAGCAAUGGUACGGAAACUGACAGCGAAAAUGUAUUACUGAUAAUCAUAGCUAACAUCGAGUCCAGGGGUCGGACAGACAUUCAGACAUUUGGUCUCACUAUUGAGAACUCCGGACUAAUUACCCAUGAAUUAGACCGACUGUACCUUAACUCCAAAUGGAUGACCCGUCUCAGAGAUUUAAUUAAUACGAGCCGAGAGUCUAAUAAAGUAUUAACCGUACAAAAGGCACAGAAAUUAAAAUCGUAUAAAUCGGGAGACGUAUACCCCAUGACACGAAGGGUCAGGGGUUUCUGUAUUAUCAUUAAUAACCAGUCGUUUGCGGACCCGAAGCUGUCGUUCCGGAGCGGUUCGCGUGCGGACGCCUACCGACUGUCCGAUGUGUUCAGUCAACUCGGUUUCGAUGUCCAUAUGUAUGACAAUCAGACCAGCGAUCAGAUGAAGAAGUUGUUGAUGGGGUUCAGGAAUAGGGAGACAGAGCUGUCAGUUCAUGAAGCGCUGGUAGUUAUUAUACUGAGUCACGGCCGUGAGGAUGGUGUGCACGGGUCGGAUGGACAGGUAGUUCCCGUGGAUACUAUUUUGCGAUAUUUUAAUAAUAAUAACUGUCCGGUGCUGUUCAGAAAGCCUAAGAUGUUUUUUAUCAGCGCCUGUCGGGGAGGUGCACUGGACCGGGGUGUUUUUGUAGAGCUUGUGGCUCAGGGUCCACAGGCAAUGGAUUAUAGCCCCCGAGAACGAGUUCCCAUGUGGAGUGAUAUGUUUGUGUAUUAUUCAGCUAUACAAGGUUAUGUAUCGCCGCGCAAUAAAACUACCGGUUCGUGGUUUGGUUACGAGUUGGCCCACUGUUUGGCACAAUACUCGGCCACUGAACACCUCAAUGAUUUAAUGACUAUAAAAGUGGCCCAAGAGGUUGACCACCGUAUCAGUCAAAUACAAGACAUCGGUAUCAUUAAGACCGCCAUUGAGUGCAAAACAUUAGGUGUGGUCAAGAAAGUUCGCAAGAAUUAA